AAGCCUCCCCUCUUCCUCCUCCACAUUGCCCCUUAUGCAACAGUGCUUUUGUCUAAGCCUCCGGGAGGCAUAUGCCCCAGCAGUAGAGGUGUUCUGCUCUAUCUGUACGAUCGUCCUCAGUGUCUCUGCUCCAUCUCUCUCUACCUCUCUCUAUGGCUGUUCAGCUGGUUGUAGCUCUCCUGGCUCUAGCCUCUCUGAGUGCUGCAUCUGCACCGGACUGUAAAGAACUGGUCAAACCCCUGGUACUGGAGGACCAUACCGAGCUCUAUGGCAAAUGGGUGUAUGUGAUGGGGUCUGCAGAUCAUUUAUUCUUCCAAAAUGCUUUGGGGACUCUGAAAAGCUCCUGGAUAGACCUGUCGGCUACAUCGGACCAUAAAGUAGUCACCCUAAGAUGGGGUGACCGCAUUGAUGGCAAAUGCAUCGUGGGUACAACACAUGCUACCAUCUCCGGCACCACUUCCACAGUACACAUUCAUUUGUCUGAACACAAAGGCCAGUACCUGGAGACCUGCCCUGACUGCCUGCUUUGGUCAGACACAUCUCGUAAUGGAGAUGUCACUGGCAGAUACCUGCUCCUGUUCACAAGGACAGGGAAAAUGGAUCACACAUACCUGGACACCUAUAAGAAACAGGCAGAGUGUCUGAACUUCCCAGAGAAACACCAGACCUACGAUGGAAAAACAGAGCUGUGCCCUGAUGACAAGGAGGAGAAGAAGGUGGUGGAGGAGAAGGUGGUGGUGGAGGAGGAGGAGAUUAUGGAGGAGAUUAUGGAGGAGAAGGCUACAGAGGAGGAGAAGGCUACAGCGGAGGAGAAGGCUACAGAGGAGGAGAAGGCUACAGCGGAGGAGGAGAAGGCUACAGAGGAGGAGAAGGCUACAGAGGAGGAGAAGGCUACAGAGGAGGAGAAGGCUACAGAGGAGGAGAAGGCUACAGAGGAGGAGAAGGCUACAGAGGAGAAGAAGACAACAAAGUGAAUAAGAGAACCAGAUCCUCACCGUGUUGCCCAACAAAACCUCCCUUUAGUGGAACUUUGAUCCCAUAACCACUAACCAAAUACCACUUGUACUUCCAUGCAUUUUAAACCAUGUCUUACAUACUCAUGACACGUUCUAGGUGCUGUAUUGUUAAAAAAUGCUAAAGUUUUUACCUUGAACUGUGUCUUUUUACUGUUUAUUUGAUAACAGUUCAAGGUAUCUUAAAUAACAAAAUAUGACUGUUCAAACAAAGACAUUUAAAUAAACACAUUCAACCUUG